CGAGAAGGCUGCCCAGGGCCCAGCCCACGUGCUGGCCUGUUAUCCUGCUAAUUGGAUCAACACAAAAUCGUCCGGGCCCAUCGCCGCCGUUUAGGCCCAUAAUUAAAUGAAUACAAUCUGGAGACGGCGGUUAACUGUAAAAGAAACACCGAUUCUCCUCUUCACCUUCUCUCUUUCUCGCCCUUUCGCGUCUCCGAUCGACGAUGACGGCGGCCGCCCAGCACCACCACAACAACCAAGCGCCGUCCUCCUCCAAACCACCUCGCAGCUCAAUUAACUCCACAUCCACCGCCGGAGCUCCUUCACAGAGCCUCAAUUCGAACAACCCUAGCUCCUCCGCCGCCGCCGCGGCGGAGACGGCGCCGAUCGCUCUCCACGACAGGAACCACCCGUUCUCGCGCGCGACGCACCUCACCCGCCACGAAUUGCUGAAGCGGAGGUCGCACCUACUGAAGCAGCUGUCGCGAUGCUACCGCGACCACUACUGGGCGCUAAUGGAGGAGCUCAAGGGGCAGUACCGGGAGUACUACUGGAAGUACGGGGUCAGCCCUUUUAAAGAGGAGCAGCAGCAGGUAGGGUUAGAGGAUGGAGGGGAGGGAGAUAGGGAGAGGGAAGGAGGUAAUUUCAGCUCUGUGGAGGCGAUGGAUGAGAGCAAUCAUGGAGGCAAUUUGCCGAUUGUGGCGGCGGCGGCGGCUUGUGGUGGUAAUAAUAGCAAUGGGAAUUUGAGUAGCAAGGGGGAAAUUGAGAUGAAGAAUUGUCUGAGCAGUAGGUGUAAGUCUCCCGGGUGUAGAUUGAAGGCGAUGGCUUUGACGGCCUAUUGCCACCUUCAUAUACUUUGUGAUACCAAGCAGAAGCUCUACAAGGCCUGCACGUUCGUCAUCAAGAGUGCUCAAGCUGGACCAAUUACCUGUGGGAAGCCUAUACUGAGAUCAACAGUUCCUGCGCUGUGUACCGUCCACUUCCAGAAGGCUCAGCAGCACAUGACUCGUGCGUUGAAGAAAGCCGGCCUCAACGUUUCUUCAUCAAGUAAACUCGCUCCCAAGUUCCACGUCAUAGUCGCUGAAUACGUACGCCAAAUUCAAGCCAAAAGAAGGGCUGCAAAAAAGGCGAACCUCAUCAAAGAUGCUGUCCCCAGUAAGGAAGUUAAGACCGAAGUUGGCAGUUGCUCGGUGGUGAAAUCCUAAAAGGAACAUAAAACUCAGAACCCGCAUGAUCAUGCAUACACUAACAGGCCAGACAGUACUUGAUCAUCUCAUUCCCGACAUCUGCAAAAUGGAGUGCGAGCAGAGUAUGUCCUCAAAUCCUUCCCAGUCUGUUGCAGGCCAUCUUCAUGGAAACCCUUGUUCUGUAUCAGGAGACUUUGGUAGUCUAUUGAUCUUGGUUGUAUCUUGCACUCGUAGAAUAGAAGACUCUUUUUGUACAGAAACCUGAAACUUGAAAAGAUCUCUUGAAUAUGGAUAUGGUGAUAGUUGCCUCAUUUACUGACAUGCAUUUAUCUCAGUAAAACUAUGAAACCCUUUGGCAAGGAUAAUCUGAUUUCAGUUGUCAAGGAACUGUAAAUUUCACCACAUUGGAUCCUCUCUGUCCCAUUUCUCACUUGGAAUGGCUCUCCCACCAUAUAUUCUUCACAGCUAGCUAAUCUUCACUUGAAAGUUGAGGCAAAUGAAGAUAAAGCAUAGAUUUAGGGCACUUGAAAGGGGGAUAUGAUACGAUCUAUUAUUUUAUUAUAAAUUCAAAGCACAAAAGAGCCAAUAUUCUCAGACACAGUACACUGAAAUUUCUCUUACUUGAACAUUCUAGCUCCAGUUUCUAUUCUCUGGGGUCUUCAUAUCCUCGAUCAUGUUAAUUAACCAAAAUAACUGAUAAUUAGUAACGAGAAAGAUGCAUUUAGUACCUAGCAAAUUUGCUCUGAUCGAUUUUCAUUCGGUGCGAUUGUCAAGCUCUUUGAGUCAAGUAUCUCGAGUUAGGAUGGUUAAUCCAAACAUACCAUUGUCAUGGAUGAGAAUGUGUCGUGAACAAUCGAGUAUGUCGAGAGAGAAAACUAAGUAUAAAUCUUGAGACCAGAGUGUAUGCUCGAUCGAUGAAGUAAAUAUCUCUCACGAGGAGAAUUCACCAUUUGAUCGAGCAAUUAUUACGCAUAAAUGCACAAGCCUCCAUCUCGUAGAAAGAAAGAAAAUUGUUGGAAGCUCAAGUGAGAUUUAACUAAUCGAGAGAGACAUCAAUCUUACACAUGUUUGAUGUAUAUGAAGGUUUUGUCUUUCAUUCACUCACUUUUUUAGGUGCAUGUUAUACUUCUGUCUCAUAAUGGCAAUAUGAGCAGGGAAUUCAAAUCAAAACGAUAUCGAUAGUCACUUACGACAUAAUGGACAAAAAAACACAUGAAUUUGCACAAAAUAUAUCAAAGAUAAUUACUUUGAUUGACAGGAUUUAGAGUUUAGGGAUUUGGGGUUAGGGUUUACAAUUUGAGAUUUACUGUUAGAAUUUCAAAUUUUAAGGUUUAAGGCUUAGGAUAAUGCAUUAAUUAGUUGCGAUCCUACGUUAUAUCAUCAUAGUAAACUAGUAUUACCAAUCAAAAUCCAAUAUUCGAUACCUUAAGGAAAAUGUUAGAGUUCAUUGCACAGUACACACUCAUUUUUGUGAGUACACCGUAGCACCCAAUUCAAAUCCGUUAUCAUGUCAAGUUAAACCAAUCAUUAUGCUGUAACCCUAAUAGUAACUAGUAAAAAUAGCUACUACAAGAAAAGAUUGAACCCAUCUACACACAACAGAGAAUCUGAUUCUCCCUCCAGAAGCUAAACCCUACAUUAUCUCUUUUAAUUAUUCUCAAAACACGUUAUUUCACACAUGCACUAACCUAAUCAAUUAAUUAAUUACUG